GGCAUCGCUGGGGGCGGAUUCAUGCGUAAAACCAGGUAUAAAACUUACCUGAAUCUGUCCCAUCCAUCAAGUGACUCCAGUCUGAAACGCUCUCUUUGUCAUUGUCAGCGCUCUCACAUCCAGCCGCGAUCAUGUCUUCAAACAAGGCCGUCAGCAUGUUUGGUGGAGCCGGAGGAAGAGGCUCCAGGGCGUCCGUUUCGAGCCUGGAGGGGCUGCGUAACGUGCUGAGCAACGAGCCGAAACGAGACUCCGCUCCGAGUCCCGCCGCUCCUGCCGCACCCCCUGCUUCUGCCGCUCCUGCCGCUCCUGCCGCCCCGGCGGACGACAAGCAGACACUGCGGGGUCUGAACGACCGGCUGUCCGGCUACCUGGACACGGUGAGGCAGCUGGAGAAGGAAAACGGCGAUAUGGAGAGACAGAUCGAAGAGAUUUUGGCCAAGAGGAAAGCACCUGAGGGACGCGACUGGGAUGAGGUUGAGAAACCCCUGGUUGACCUCAAGAAGCAGAUCAAAGACAUCACCAAGGACAACGCCAAGCUGAUGCUCCAGAAUGACAACACCAAGCUGGCCAAUGAUGACUUCAAGAACAAGCUGGAUGAUGAGAAAAAGGCAUGUAAGGAAUUAGAAAAAGACCUGGAUGAUCUGAAGAAGACCAUUGAGAAUACCAAGCUGAACCGCGAGCAGAUACAGAAAGAGAUCGAUUUGGUGAACGAGGAGCUUGCUCGCCUUGAGCAGGAACACAAAGGGGAGGUGGAUGACCUGCGUGAGAAGAUCAAGGACUCCGAGGUGAAGGUGGAGAUCGAUUCCCAGAAGUCCAACCUGGCCGAGAUUCUCGACAAGAUCCGCAGCCAGUACGAUAAACUAGCCCAGAAGAACCUGAAGGAGACAGAGGAGUGGUACCAGAGCAAGUUUGACAACAUCAAGGUGGUGGAGGCCAAAAACAGCGAGGUCUGGAACUCUGGAAAGACAGAGCUGAAGAAUCUGCUCAAACAGAGGCAAACUAUAGAUAUUAAGAUCCAUAGUCUGCAAAGCACGAUCCAGAAUCUUGAGGAAACCCUGAGGAGCACCAAAGUGGAGUACGAUCAACGUCUGGGCCCCCCCAACCAGAUGAUACGAAGCCUGGAGGCGGAGCUGAAGGAGGUGAGGUCUCAGGUGGAGCGCCACUUAGAAAACAACAAGAAUCUGCUGUGUGUAAAGAUGAAGCUGGAGGCAGAAAUCUCUAACUACCAGCAACUGCUUCAAGGCAUGACCGGUGAUACUGAAAGCUUGGAGUUUUCUUUAGAGGAUGUGGUGGACAGCGACCAGCAAAAGCCUGAUGAUAAGAUGCCCGAACAGCAGGAAGAAGUGAAAGAAGAAACCCUUGUGAAGCAAGAAAGUGCCCCCUCUAACAAAUCCACUGCUGUAGCAGAUAAACCCCCUGAAAUGUGAAAGGAGAGGGGUCAUCCUCUUCUUCUUCUUCCUCCUCCUCCUCCUCCUCAGAGAAUGAAGAUGAAAAGCCCAAAAAUGAGGGUGAAGUGGCCAAAGCCUGAUCUAGCUUUUUCUGCUCUGUUGUUUUUCUGUCACUCUGCCAAGUAUCAUAUCAAACUGUUUCCUACUGUUGCUGCCAAACCUGCAAAGCUACUAUGAGGUUGUUAUGGUGUAUCUUUUCAGAUGUCAGUAAAUAAAUACCUUUAAAUCAAAA